ACGCCUCUCUUCCUUGUACCUAUCCGUGGGGUUACACAUCUUGGAUGCUGGUGAGGAGAUGGCUGUGGAAUUGAUGAUGGGCUUUUCCGGCGAUAGUUUUACAACAAAAAUGCAAGAGACUGCUGUGAGAGAAGCGGCGACUGCUGGGAUCCAGAACGUUGAGGAGGUCAUAAAGCUACUGAAAAGAAAUCAGCUGCAGCAACAACAACAGUAUUAUCCUGAGUUAUCAUCCUCUUCAGCCGUUAAUAAUCCUCCGGCGACGGAUAAUAUUAUGGCUGUUACAGAUGCGGCUGUUAACAGUUUCAAAAAGGUUAUUUCUUUGCUGGGUCGCACCACAAGAACCGGCCAUGCUCGAUUUCGUAGAGCCCCCGUGUCUCCUGCUUCUGCUACUCAAGAACGGCCGAAGCAACCACAACCACAACCGCAGCAGCAGCAGCAACAAGUUCAAGAUCCAGGGCCUACUGUUCGACCUAUUAGUUCUCAGACAACAGAGCAAGGCUCUGCCUUUAGAGUUUACCAACCAACCCCAGUUCAUCGGCUUCCUCCCUUGCCCAAUACUCACGGCCACCAGCAGCAAAAGACUCCUCUUUUAGUUACAAAGAAUGGGUUUUCAGAAAGGAACGAGAUUCAGCCUUCUAUCAAUUUUUCAAAUUCACCUUCAAUCUCCGCCGCUACUUCUUUCAUAUCUUCUUUAACAGGGGAAACCGACAGUGUACAGCGAUCCAUGUCCUCUGGGUUUCAAUUUGCCCAACCCUCACAUGUUUCAUCUGCUGGGAAACCUCCUCUGUCUUCAGCUUCCCUUAAAAGAAAGUGUAAUUCCAUGGACGAUGCUGCUCUCAAGUGCGGUUCCUCUUCAGGUCGAUGCCAUUGCUCCAAGAAAAGAAAAUCAAGAGUGAAGAGAGUGAUUAGAGUGCCUGCAAUUAGUAAUAAGCUGGCUGAUAUUCCAUCUGAUGAGUAUUCCUGGAGAAAAUAUGGACAAAAACCCAUCAAAGGAUCUCCUCAUCCAAGGGGAUAUUACAAGUGCAGCAGCAUGAGAGGCUGCCCAGCAAAAAAACAUGUGGAGAGAGCUCUAGAUGAUCCCAUGAUGCUGAUUAUCACAUACGAAGGUAAUCACAAUCACUCCAACUCCAUCAACGAUGCACCAGCAGUUCGGGUUCUUGAAUCAUCUUGAAAAAUUUCAACUAAUCCAAGAGCUCAGCAAUGUUCUUUAUUAGUUUUAAAUCACAGCCGUUAAAUGAUACCAAUGAGGAGAUAGUCAACGCAGAGGGCCUAAGAAGAAAAAUGUAGAGAGUUCCUGUGCUUUGUCUUUUUUUUUUUUUUCCCUCCCCGAAGACUUUGUUUAUAAAUGAAAAAAAGAAAAGGUUAGGAAAGAGUAGAUAUGGUGGAUCUGUUGGGGAGUUGAAUCAUGCAAGUAGUGGAGAGUUUUUGUUUUGUUUUUUUAAUUUUUUUAUUCUCUUUUGAUGCUCAUAUAUAUAAAAAUAUACGGUGGUGGAUCUUGCAAGGCUGCCCACUUGAAAUUGUUCCA